AUGCUGUCCAACAUAUCCAUGGACGGACUACCACAAGUCCCAUAUGCUCCGUCAACCUUGUCCCUGGUACCCCUGGCACAGUCUUUCCCAGCAAUAAUUGCCAUCUUGCUGGGGCUUAUAGGCGUACUCUCGGUCGUCGUUAGCACCAGCGGAAAACCGAUACAUCCGCUAGCAAAUCCUCCACGCUGGAACCAGACCACUCUAUCAAAACGAAUUGAGUUCCUCAAGAACGGAAGGGUGAUACUGAGCGACGCGAGGAAACGCUACGGCAAGCAGCCUUAUAGGCUGAUUGUCGACACGGGCGAAUGUCUUAUCCUACCUCCUGAGUAUGCAGCAACGAUACGUAACAGCAUGGAUCUUAGCUUCGCAAAGGCGAUAGAGAAGAACUUCUCGGGACACGUUUCCGGCUUCGAAAUGUAUGCCGUCUUGCUCCACGAACAAAGACUCGUACAAAACGUGGUGAAGGACCAGCUUACCAAAUACUUAACUCCUGAAGACGUCUUGACAAAGCCCCUCUCGGAAGAAGCCAGUCAUGCUCUCGACGUGAUAUUCGGCCAAGAUACGGGUGAGAUGACCCCGCUAUUCGUCUCAAACAGGUGA